AUGAACAGAAUAUCUGUCGAAAAUGAUCUUGUAACAACAAGCUUCCAACGAAGUCCAUCAGCUCAAGAAGCUCUUUUCGAGUGUCCCAUAUGUUGUUCGACGUUUCCAAUCGAUGAAAUCAAGCAAAUGCUAUGUUGUUCAACGAAUUUUUGCUCAUCGUGUCUUGUGACACAUACAAUGACAAACAUUCGAAAUGGAAAAGUGAAAAUCGAAUGUCCAGGAUGUUCCGAGGAAAUGAAUUCUUUAUCGAUAUUAUACAAUCAUGAAAUUCCUUUACCUGUACGUGAACGUUACCAAGAAUUGUUAGCUGAAGCUCUAGCUGAAAAGCAAAAUACAAAUAUCAAAUUAUGUCCACAUUGUAAUUUCAUCACUAUUCUUGAUGAAAAUGAUCCAUUGGUUAAUCGAAAGAAAACUCGCCGACCAUCAAGAGAAUGGAUACUUUGCGGUCAAUGUAACAAAGAAUGGUGUUGGUCAUGUUAUGCUCCAUCCCAUCCGAAUGAAACAUGUCGACAAUUCAAGAAAAAUCACACCCAACUAGACAUGUGGGCACAAAUACGUCGUACGGAUAAUCAACAACGAAAUGCUCAACGUUGCCCGAAGUGUUUGAUUUACAUCGAAAAAAUCGAUGGAUGUGAUCAUAUGUUAUGUACAAAAUGCAAUUCGAAAUUUUGUUAUCGUUGUGGAUCACGAAUGAGAUUGCCACUUUAUAUUGGACACGAUGCGAAGUAUUCCGUUUUUGGAUGUAAAUAUAAACUAUGGCCAGAUUGUGCUCUUUUACGUUGGCUUAUACGAGGAUCAAUACUUGUUGGACUGAUUAUUUUGACACCGAUCGCUCUUGCUGCGGUCAUCGCACUUGUGGCGAUCGGUGUUCCGAUACUCAUAGUAGUCGGCUGUUUUGCACUGCCAAUCUAUGCUUAUAUUAAACAUUCAACACGGACAUGA